AUGGUUCGCUUCAGUUCAAUCCUUGCGGCUGCGGCUUGCUUCGUGGCUGUUGAGUCUAUCAACAUCAAGGUCGACAGCAAGGGCGGAAACGCUACUAGCGGUCACCAAUAUGGCUUCCUUCACGAGGACAUCAAUAACUCUGGUGAUGGUGGCAUCUACGCUGAACUCAUCCGCAACCGUGCUUUCCAGUACAGCAAGAAAUACCCUGUUUCUCUAUCUGGCUGGAGAUCUAUCAACGGUGCUGAGCUCUCCCUCAACCGUCUCGACACUCCUCUCUCCGAUGCUCUCCCCGUUUCCAUGAACGUCAAGCCUGGAAAGAGCAAGUCCAAGGAGAUUGGUUUCCUCAACGAGGGAUACUGGGGAAUGGAUGUCAAGAAGCAGAAGUACACUGGCUCUUUCUGGGUCAAGGGUUCUUACAAGGGCCACUUUACUGCUUCUCUGCGAUCUAACCUUACCGACGAUGUCUUUGGUAGCGUCAAGGUCAAGUCCAAGGCCAACAAGAAGCAGUGGGUUGAGCAUGAGUUUGUGCUUACUCCUAACAAGAAUGCUCCCAACAGCAAUAACACUUUUGCUAUUACCUAUGACCCCAAGGGCGCUGAUGGAGCUCUCGACUUCAACCUCAUCAGUUUGUUCCCUCCUACCUACAAGGGCCGCAAGAACGGUCUUCGAGUUGAUCUUGCCGAGGCUCUCGAAGGUCUCCACCCCAGCCUGCUGCGCUUUCCCGGUGGUAACAUGCUCGAGGGCAACACCAACAAGACCUGGUGGGACUGGAAGGAUACCCUCGGACCUCUUCGCAACCGUCCUGGUUUCGAGGGUGUCUGGAGCUACCAGCAGACCCAUGGUCUUGGAAUCUUGGAGUAUCUUCAGUGGGCUGAGGAUAUGAACCUUGAAAUCAUUGUCGGUGUCUACGCUGGCCUCUCCCUCGACGGCUCCGUGACCCCCAAGGACCAACUCCAGCCUCUCAUCGACGACGCCCUGGACGAGAUCGAAUUCAUCCGAGGUCCCGUCACUUCCAAGUGGGGAAAGAAGCGUGCUGAGCUCGGCCACCCCAAGCCUUUCAGACUCUCCUACGUUGAAGUUGGAAACGAGGACUGGCUCGCUGGCUACCCUGGUGGCUGGAACUCUUACAAGGAGUACCGCUUCCCCAUGUUCCUCGAUGCUAUCAAGAAGGCUCACCCUGACCUCACCGUCAUCUCCUCCGGCGCUUCUAUCGACCCCGUUGGUAACAAGGAUGCCGGCUUCGAUAUUCCUGCUCCUGGAAUCGGUGACUACCAUCCUUACCGCGAGCCUAAUGCUCUUGUUGAGGAAUUCAACCUGUUUGAUAACAACAAGUACGGCCACAUCAUUGGUGAGGUUGCUUCUACCCACCCUAACGGUGGAACUGGCUGGAGCGGCAAUUUGAUGCCUUACCCCUGGUGGAUCUCUGGUGUUGGCGAGGCCGUCGCUCUCUGUGGCUAUGAGCGCAACGCCGACCGUAUCCCCGGAACCUUCUACGCCCCUAUCCUCAAGAACGAGAACCGCUGGCAGUGGUCCAUCACCAUGAUUCAAUUCGCCGCCGAUUCUGCUAUGACCACCCGCUCCACCAGCUGGUACGUCUGGUCCCUCUUCGCCGGCCACCGUAUGACUCAUACUCUCCCUGCCACCUCCGACUUCGACCCUCUCUACUACGUCGCUGGUAAGAACGAGGACAAGGGAACUCUUAUCUGGAAGGGUGCGGCGUACAACACCACCAAGGGCGCUGACGUUCCCGUCUCUCUGUCCUUCAAGGGUGUCAAGCCCGGUGCUCAAGCUGAGCUUACUCUUCUGACCAACAAGGAGAAGGAUCCUUUUGCGUUCAAUGAUCCUCACAAGGGUAACAAUGUUGUUGAUACUAAGAAGACUGUUCUCAAGGCUGAUGGCAAGGGUGCUUUCAACUUCAAGCUUCCUAACCUUAGUGUUGCUGUUCUUGAGACUCUUAAGAAGGGAAAGCCUUACUCUAGCUAG